AAGCUAGCCUUUUUUCAGUACAUCAAUAGUAAAUAAAGCUAUAAUUUAAAGCCUAGACACAUUGACCAUGGGAAACAACAGUUCCUCUUCCCAGCCUCAGGUUGGAGCUGUGGAUGCAAGCGAAUCAUAUGAUUAUGAUGGCUGGGAAAUUGUUGAGUCCAGCAAAGAUCAGCCUGGGGAGUUCAAUAUCUCGUCGGCACAAACAUCGUAUCUUAAGAGUGAAUCAUACAAAUCUACUGUGACCAAAGGCAGAGGAAACUGCCCGAACUACCCAGAAGAAAAGCCACCUCCUUACACUGCAGUUUCAGCUUCAAAGAAAUGUAAACUUGCAGAAGACGAUGAAUUUAUCCCAGCCAGUGAACGUUCUGCCGUUGAAGGAGAUUGUUCCUUGGAUACGUGUACACUGCCAGAUAACAUGGCCGUGGAUUUGACAAUCGAUCACGAAAAACUCGGUAGUGGCAGUUACGCCUCAGUCUAUCUUGGAGACUAUAAGGGCAAGCCAUGUGCAGUAAAGAAGUACCAUUCAUCUCUGCUUCAUCACAUUGAAACAAGGAAACAAAAGAACUAUCGAGCUUCUUGCUUUAAAGAUGAAAUCGAUAUCUUGAAUGGUAUUCACCAUCCCUGCGUUGUGCAAUAUUUCACCCACUAUGAAAAAUGGGACGAAAACUAUCGUUUCCAGUAUAUAGUGAUGGAAAGGCUUCACGGGAACUUGGACGAUAUAUUGGCUGCAGGUCAAACAUUCAACAAGCAGAACACCAUGUCAAACAUUGCAUCAGCUUUAGAAUAUAUCCACGACAGAGGAAUUGUUCACGGAGAUGUCAACCCCACUAACAUCUUGCUUUCGAAAGACGGUGCAAGUGCUAAGCUAGCUGACUUUGGAUGUGCACAGUAUCUGGGCCCUUCAAGCAAAAAUUUCCCUGGAAAUCCAGCAUUUAUGCCCCCACAAGUCUCACAAAAUGCUGAUAAACAAGAAGAGGUCUCUCAUCUCUCUUCAAAAAUCGAUAUGUUCUCCUUUGGACUAGUUUUACUUAUCGUGCACAAUGGCUCUUUUCCACAGCCAGACAUUAGUGGUCGUAUGGAUGGUUCUGAAAUUAUUCCAGAGACAGAAAGGCGAGCUAGUCUCAUCAUAUCGGUUAGACAAAAGAUGCCAGGCCUCACUGAACUGUUUAACUUUGCUAUCCAUUGCAUUGAUUCAGCCCCUGAUGCUAGACCAGACGCCAAAGACUAUCCGAACAAGUCUGACAGAAUCAACCUAGAGCCUUCUUUUGGUAGUGAAAGCUGCAGCGUUGCUCAAAUAAAGUCGAUGUCCACUUCAGUUACACCCCAUCCUUACAACAGUGAGGAGCCACUACAAGAGCAAACAACUUUGAAUGCCAUAAAUAUGGAUACUCACCUCCAUGCAGAUCAGCCAUCUCUUCAACUGUACACCGACCUCCCUGAUAGUCUGCUGCUAACCGAAAAACAGCAACUACUCAUAAAGCAGCAGACAAUAAAAACAGAGCUCAGCAUUGAGCUGGCAGAUGAUCCUCCUUAUGAAGGGGAAGAACAAAUGGAGGAAAAGCAUACUCAGCACCAUGCAAUAGUUACAGACCCGCCCACUGCACCUACUCUGCUGGACGGAAAAUUGGAACUGCAAUUGGCAAAAGAAAACAAGCCCACAACUGAACCACCAGAUUCUGAAAGUGAAGUACAAGUGGAUACUCAGCUCUGUACAAAUCAACCAUCGCUCCCUGAUGAUCUUCCUUCUGAAGGGAAAGGACAAGUGGCAGAAAAAGAUACUCACCUCUGUUCAAAUCAGCCAACUGUUGAGCUGACAGGACAAGCAGCAGAAACACACAUACAGUCACCCGUUACCAGAGAAUUGUCUGGAAAGUCACAACCUCCUAAGCAGCCUACAGAGCAAAAGAAAGUACUGGCAGAGUCCGAUGCAAUUAAAGCAAAGGAUAUUGGGCCAAGAAAGAGGGAACUUCCAGUCAGUGCAAAGGUCGUAUUAGCCCAACAAGAACAAGAAGAUGGAGCUGCUCUGCCGUUUAAACGCGUAAAGCUCACUUCUGAGUCAGACCAUGAGAGCCAAUCGCCCCUAGGGCCGAAAGGUGUGACAGGACAAGCGGCAGAUGCACAUAUACAGUCACCAGUCACCAGUGAAUCAUCUAAUCAGCCUACAGAGCAAAAGAAAGUACUGGCCAAGUCCGAUGCAAUUAAAGUAAAGGAUAUUGGGCCAAGAAAGAGGGAACGUCUCGUCAGUGCAAAGGUCGUAUCAGCCCAACAAAAACAAAAACAAGCUGAAGAAGAUGAAGCUGCUCUGCCGUUUAAACGCGUAAAGCUCACUUCUGAGUCAGACCAUGAGAGCCAAUCGCCCCUAGGGCCGAAAAGUGUGACAGGACAAGCGGCAGAUACACAUAUACAGUCACCAGUCACCAGUGAAUCAUCUAAUCAGCCUACAGAGCAAAAGAAAGUACUGGCCAAGUCCGAUGCAAUUAAAGUAAAGGAUAUUGGGCCAAGAAAGAGGGAACGUCUCGUCAGUGCAAAGGUCGUAUCAGCCCAACAAAAACAAGAACAAGCUGAAGAAGAUGAAGCUGCUCUGCCGUUUAAACGCGUAAAGCUCACUUCUGAGUCAGACCAUGAGAGCCAAUCGCUCCUAGGGCCGAAAAGUGUGACAGGACAAGCGGCAGAUACACACAUACAGUCACCAGUCACUAGAGAAUCAUCUGACCAGCCUACAGAGCAAAAGAAAGUACUGGCCAAGCCUGAUGCAGUUAAAGCAAAGGAUAUUGGGCCAAAAAAGAGGGAACUUCUCAUCAGUGCAAAGGUCUAUGAAGAUGAAGCUGCUCUGCCGUGUAAACGGGUAAAGCUUACUUCUGAGUCAGACCAUAAGCCCCUAGGGCCGAAAAGUGUGACAGGACAAGCGGCAGAUACACACAUACAAGUCACCAGCGUAUCAUCUGACCAGCCUACAGAGCAAAAGAAAGUACUGGCCAAGUCUGAUGCAAAGGAUAUUGGGCCAAGAAAGAGGGAACUUCCCGUCAGUGCAAAGGUCGUAUCAGCCCAACAAAAACAAGAACAAGCUGAAGAAGAUGAAGCUGCUCUGCCGUUUAAACCCGUAAAGCUCACUUCUGAGUCAGAUCAUGAGAGCCAAUCGCUCCUAGGGCCGAAAGGUGUGACAGGACAAGUGGUAGAAACACACAUACAGUCACCAGUCACUAGUGAAUCAUCUGACCAGCAAAAGGAAGUACUGGAUGCAAAGGAUAUUGGGCCAAGACAGAAGGAACUUCCCGUCAGUGAAAAGGUCACAUCAGCCCAAUACAAACAAGAACGAGAAGAUGAAGCUGCUCUGCCGUGUAAAGACGUAAAGUUCACUUCUGAGUCAGACCAUGAGAGCCAAUCUCCCCUAGAGCCGAAAUGUGUAACAGAACAAUCCGCAGAAACACACACAGUCACUAAAGAAUGGUCUGGAAAGUCCCCACCACCUAAACAGCCUAAAACGCAAAAGAAAUUACUGGCAGAAAAUAAUAUUGGGACAAGAAAACGAAAACAUUCCAGUGCAAAGGCAAACCAGAAGAAACAGCCAGAUUGUGUCUUAAAACCAAAAGCCCUUGCUCGAUCAAGAGAAGCUCGUGGAAGUUCAAAAUCCAUAAAGCCAACUGUUAAGAAAUCUCCCCCACCAACUAACCCGGCAACAAAACAAAGAAACAAUCGGACUGUUAGAAAACCUGUCGAGCAAACACAGAUGCCUACUAAACAAUUUCGAGCUGUACAAAAAGAAGAAGCUACUAACAAGCCGAAACCAAAAACACAAUACACCAAAAAGAGUGUGACAAAAGUCAGCACUGUUACCAGAUGUUCACGGCGAAAGAAUCCUACAAUGAAAUCACAAAUAAAAAGUGACGUGAUACCUCUAAAAUCUCCUGACAAUAUAGCUUCUGUUGAGAAACAAUCAAUAUCACCCAAUAGUGACAGUAGUUGUUUUCGAGCAUACCGCUUAGCCACCAGAAAGAAAGACAAAAAAGACAAGAAAGCCAUAAAUCGAAAAUCAACUGACAAGAGCAGAGCACUGCAAAAUGGUGAAGCUUCAUCUCCUCUUCUAGAAGUCGAGUAUAAUGCAGACGCUUCUUGUGGCAGUGAAGAAACUGUAAGUAUAGAAAAGAACUAUCGUGCGAGGCGUAGAAAAGAGCAAAGAAAGAAAGUAUGUUCUAAGCAACCUCUGAAACACCCUGAGGAAGAUUACGGGCUAAGGGUCGACCUGGAAAAAUCUACAGACAAACAAUCUUCUUCACAUAUAAAAACCAAUACCAGCCGUAAAAAUGGAAACCCUCGAAUACUGUGCUACAACAAUGGGAGCAAAAACUCCACUCCUGGUAAACGCGACAAUGGGUCUUCUUCCCAAACAAGAUCUAACUCUUCCAGUAAAAACACAUCGUCAUCAUCAUCAUCAUUAUCAUCGAACGGUAAUUGUGGAGGUGCCAGUGGGUGUGGUGGUAGCGGAGGAAAGGAUGAUGAUGAGGGAAAUAAACACAAUCACAGAAUCAUUUCAAGUGAGGAAAGUUCUGCUGAAGAGGAAUCGAGUGAUAACGAAGAAGCCUCCAAAGAUGUGGAUAUUGAUUUCCCUGCUGACAUACAGGUUGUAUUAGCCUAUCACAACCAAGUUAAAAGGGAUGAAUGUAUGUCCUCUGUCUACAAGUCAUUCGGUAGCCUUAACCCUGUAUACAUCAAAGAGCGACCCAAGCAAUGCAAGAAAAAACAAGCACGCAAGAAACAUCAACAGCAGAAGCAGGCUGUAACUAACACCAUAGUCGCUAAAGAAGCCGCUAAUAAAGCAUCCAAGGGCAACCACGCACCUAUCCCUGUGACAAAAACUCAGAGUUGGCAACAAAGGAAGAGGAAAAAACCGAGUACAGUGCGUGGUGGUGGUGUGGCUCUUGACUCUAACGAUUCCGAUGCUUCUAAUCCUAGCAUAGAACAACUAACCAAAUACGAGCAACCCAGCAUCACAGUUGGUGACAAUUUUGCUGCUGAAUAUGAAAGUGAUGCCUCAGAAGUAAAAUUGAAGCCGUGCCAUGGUAAAGCCACCAGUCCGACUUUGAAAACACCUCAAAUCUCAGUGGGCAGUCAUGAUAGUGCUGAAACAUUGAUGCCUGUUCAACCUACACCUUUUGAUGGAGGAGUUAGUUUCAACCCUCCUCAUUAUAUUCACCCCCCUGAACACUCUAGCUCCGCUGAUAGGACAUCACAGCAGCUUGAAAGUGUGGAGGGCUCACUUUCAAAAGCGGAGUCGGUUGGGGAAGAAAGGCCAUUGUUUUUUGCUCCAAUGCAAGAAGUUGGCCAGUCAAAAUCCCGGUCUUCAUCAGAAUUGGUUGUGUACUCACAUAAUCAUCGGAGAACCCACAGAUGUCAUGAAAUGAACACUGCGUAUAUGUUCCACUAUAUUCGCCCGCCAUCGAAUCACUGUAAUGGUCCAACACUGUUCAUGGCAUUACUUGGUCCUGCUGAGAACGAAUUAGCCCCUAGUCCUGGAGCUGUGGUGUUAGCUAGUGACCCAAGCACUGGUCAAAGUGGACCUUUAAUGGAAGCUACUAAUUGCAGGCCACGUCAGUGCUUCUUCAAUGUUCAUGGCAGAGAAGGCAAUGGGGUCCUUCUUUGUCAAUACAUUGGUGACUUUGUGACGUUGGAUGACGGUGCCAAGGAGCUGUGCCAGGUGAUGGUCGACAUCAUACAGUUCUUGCGUCAGAAACAACACGGACUAACAACCGUGGAGUCAAUCACAAUCGAUGUGCCUAGAGUUGUCAGUAUCCCAGAGUCUCAUCUAGUUCCUCUCAACAGUCAUCAAACAGCAAUAACUCUUAAAUUGCUGGUUAGACUUGUUGAGGAGUUCCUUGACCUCUGGGAGCGAAGAUAUCCAGGAUCCAGUUCUGUUGCGAUCAGUUCUCUCCGGUGGUUUGUGAGCUGGUUCCAUGGUGUGGAAGAAAGUGAUCAAGAUGUAGAGGCAGCUCUACUGGGAGACGCACUACUAAAAUUACUGAGAACACACUAGCAGACAUAUACGCUUAACUGGGAGAUAAGGAGUGGAAGUUGAGGUAUGUGAUUGUGUGUGUGUGUGUGUGUGCGUGCGCACAUGGUAUGUGGUUAUUUAUGUCCCCCUUCAGGCACCUGGUUGAUGUAUCAAACACCAAUUAAACACUGCAGGAUUAAUAGCGUUGACUCUAGAUUACCGUUAACUAUGGACGACUAAAUAUGUAUUGUGUUUCCUGUCAUGUGCCUUAUUGGUAAACUACACACCCCCA